GUGUAUUUAGGGCAGGGCUCCCAGCCACAAGUGUGAACAUGAGUCAGAAGAGCAAAUGUAAAUGUGGAGUAAUGCGUUCGCUGCUGCAUUUCAUUGCUGACAGAGUCUGGGGUUUUACAAAUGCCCACUCUUCUAAUGAUACACGCACAGGUGUGAGGGCCCUACGCAUAUUAGCCUACUUAGGCCUAAAUAUUAGCAAAAACUUUUACGUACAGUAGUUUUACUUUUUAAUCCGGAAUCCGAAACACGUGAACUCAUUUAAUUGUCUUUCGACAGCUGUAGGCGAGUUACUGUUUUAGCAUUUUUUCCCUCAACAUCUGGUAUGAUCCACCGGAGACUUUUACGUCCGGCACUUGCCGUUGCGUUGUGCGUCUUCUUUUACGCCUUUAUAUGGACAAAUUUACCGCUUCAAUUUAAAAAACAGACAAACAGCAAAGCCGGAUCUGUGACUGCACAAAAUGAAACCUCCAAAGCAGCAGAAAUGGAUGACAAGCACCAAUAUUUCACUAGGAAUUUGUCCGAAGAUAAAACCCCCAGUAAUAUAACUGAUGAUAAACAAAGAUCUAUCAGUAUUGGGUCUACAGCCAUUAAGCUGGCAAAAAAUACAAAUCCCAGUGUUACUAGAAUUUUGACAAACAAAGUCACAAAGGCUAAAGUCUACCAGACAUCAGCUGGACAUAUUACAACAGGAGACGACAACACAGGUAAAAUGGUGAACAUGACAGCGAUUCCACCUUUGGAUAUAAACAGCUUCGCAAAAGCACCUGAGUGGGGUUUUGAGGAUACAUACGUUAGGGACCCACACCCCAGAAAGACGACAUGUCAGCAGUCCCUCAGGAACUCGAAAGAUGAAGAAUUUCAGAAGAGCUUCAUUCCCGAUAUUCAGCUCUUCAUGCAGAAGAACCACCUGAACCUUAGUGUGUGGAACAAACUGGCACACUUCAACAAUCCCUUCGGCUUUAUGGGUUACAACUACUCAGUGGUGCAGGAUUCAGUGAAGCUGAUCCCUGACCUGAAGGACUUUCAGCUCCUGCCAGUUCCCCCGACCGAUAAAGAAGGCUGCAUCCGCUGUGCUGUUGUAGGCACUGGAGGGAUUCUCAAUGGCUCAAGAAAGGGAAAGGAAAUAGACUCCCAUGACUAUGUUUUUAGAGUGAAUGGAGCUGUCCUCAAGGGUUUUGAAGAAGAUGUAGGAAACAAGACCUCAGUCUACGUCCACACAGCCCAUUCCUUGACCUCUGCGAGGCCUACUCUGAAACAGUAUGGUUUCACAGACAUCCCUGCUGAUGAGGGCAUCAAGUAUGUUUUCAUCCCAGAGGGUCUGAGGGAUUACUAUUGGCUCCAGGGCUUGUACCAGAAGACGAAAGUGCCUGGUGGCCAGUUUCGAAAUUAUCGGCCACUGAGAAACUACCCUGCUAACUUUGAUGUAAGCAAAUUCUACGUUCUUCACCCUGAUUUUCUCAGAUAUGUUCGGAUCAGGUUCAUGCUGUCCAAACAACUUCAUGGUAGAUAUUGGAGGCACUACAGGCCAACCAAUGGAGCAUUCACCAUGUUUCUGGCAUUGCAGACCUGUGAUAUUGUGGAUGCCUAUGGAUUCAUUACAGCAGACCAUGCAAAAUAUUCUAACUACUACUAUGAAAGAUUUUCAAAAACCAAGGUUAUUUUUUUUAUUAACCAUGACUACAGUCUGGAGAUAAAAACAUGGAAGAGACUACAUGAUGCCAACAUCAUUAGACUUUACCAGGGAAAAGAGGACACCCAAAAGAAUGGAGAUAAAAUUUAAAAUCUCUGAGUGAUUUUUUCCAAGAAAAUCCUGUGUAAAUAUGAGGGAAAAUGGACUGCACAGACCAAAAGAUAUUUGUUACACAUUCUUCUUGUUGACUGUAAAUAUCUUACUUUCAUAUUUUGAGAGUAAGUGCAAGUGCAGUUUUGCUUUUUAAUUUAAUUUUAUUUUAUUUUAUACUUUUAAAUGCAUUACACAUGCUCUUUUAUUGUGUAAAUAUUUUGUUGUGAAGCAUAUAGUGAUGCAUGGUUUGGUCGUCAUUUAAAGGCAUAAUCAAAUGAGCACCUUAUUAGAAGUCCCUUCCCCGAUGGCCCCUAUGCACAAACUUGCUGGAGAGUGGUGUUAUAAAGUCCUGGGUUCAAGGCCUAAUUUGUGUGCUGCGCUCAUACUUCCUAACAAGGUGACUUGUCAUUAGAAUCUUGGAAGCAAAUGAAAUGAAACAUUGAAAAAAUAAAUUAGCUCCAUUAUUUGGGAGUCUGUAUAGUAUAAUCAGUGACAGCAUUGAAUAUUUCAAGGUGAAACCCAAAAUGUUUAAAUGGAUGUAGAAUGCCCUGAAUGGUUUCAUAUCCAAUGAAAAUGAAUGAAAUGGGUGGUCAUUUAAUACAACUGGAGCAUUGUAUUUCUAUAUGUAGUGCAGAUGAAUCAACAUUGCUUUAUUUUUAAACAUAAUGAUCUACAAGAACAGCAUGAACAACAGUACAUUAGAUCAUAGUUUAAAAAUAGUAGCAUAUAAUGCUCCAAAGAAGAACCAUUACCUUGCAACACACUACUUAAGACUCACAUUGUCACAUAACUACCUGGCAGUGUUGUUAUGCUAUAUCUAUGCAUUCAUGUUUUGAAGUGAUAAAAUACUGGGUAAAUGUAUGUUAUAUGUCCAGAAUCUGGAAUCUAAAUGAAGUCUGAAUGGGUGUGGUUCUGUGUCAGUGGAACAGACUUUUUCUCAGGCCAAGACAUACUUCUGGAGUAACAUGGUUAACACACCUUUGCCUAUUUUCAUACAAGUACUGCGGAUUCUGCUUACAGUUCAGACUCUAAUCCAAGUUCAUUUAGAUGCAUAAGCAUUUAAGUUUGUGUAGUACAAGCUAUAUAUGUUCUGAUAUAAUGCAUCAAAUUAUUGUUUCAACAUUUUUGUAAAUAUUUCUGGUCCCAUGGAAUAAAAAUUAAAUAUGAUAUAAAUAGGUAUGGGAACAUGAGAGUUUGAGAAUUGUCUUGCUGCUGAAUUUCUUCAUUCUUGUUGCUUUGGGCACCCACAUGCUUUUUUCCCCUUUGGCAGCUGGCCUUACUUUUGGUUUGGUGUAGACUGAGAACUGCAUAAUCAGGGCAGUCUGUGGAGUGGAGUGUAACCCAUGCCCACUCAGGGCACAUUGGGCAUGCACCAGUUCUAUCUUGGGCCCAUGCACUGUUUUUGCUCAUUGUGUAGGCCUGUGUAGGCCACUUAUAUGUGGUGCAGAUUUUUUCUCAGGCAUAAUGCUGCCCUAUAAUAAACAGCAUACUAGGUUCACCAGUACACAGGUUGCUCACCUGUUAUUGUAUAGUUUAUAUUGUUGUGCCUCUGCAAAACAAUCCACACCUUUCUGUCAAUUUUAUGAAAUUCCCUUCAUUUUAGAUGUUGGGUAGAAUGAAAGAUUAUGUAUAAUCACUUUUUUAUUUUUUACUUUUGAAGUGUUCAAUAAGGCACAAAACUGUGAAAUGUAUACUUAAUUUUGCUAAUAUAUAGAUGGGAAGUUCCUUCCCGCAGAAAAAUUCCUUCUUUGUUGUGUGUAAAUAUCCUUGUUAAUGACAUGAAUAAAUUCUUUAAACACCAAUGACAAA